ACCCCUCAGACAAGUUCUCCAUGCCACGAAGAGGGGCAUUUUCUAUUCAACUUCUCAUUUAACCCUCUAUAGUCGAAUCCUGUCCAUCUGUCUCAGUCAGGGAAAUUGAAGAGCACGAUAACGUGUCGGGUUUCAGGCUUCGGCUCAUGUCGUCAUAUAAAACCAGUAUUGGAUAAUCAAUUCGGUCGACUCACUUAUACCACUUGACCAAUACAUGCAGAAAACUUGCCGGUCAAUUUUUCUGCAAUUUACAAUAGGAAAUUCAUAUUCUCUUGGCGAAAUAAUGUUUCCUCCGCAAGCUAGUAAUCUGGACAUUGAAGCCCUAAGCGGUAUUCUCGGCUCCAUCUCAAUUGCCUGUUGGGUUGUUGUCUUUUCCCCCCAAAUUAUUGAGAAUUUCCGACGUCAAUCGGCAGAUGGACUGUCCCUUCUUUUCAUUGUUGUGUGGCUCGCGGGCGAUGUCUUUAAUAUUCUUGGAGCAGUGCUCCAGGGUGUACUCCCUACGAUGAUUAUUUUGGCGGUAUAUUAUACGCUUGCAGACAUUGUCUUAUUAGGACAGUGUCUUUAUUACCGAGGGAUUUGGUUUUCUGGCCAGAAAAUUUUGAAGGAAAACAUACAAAACGGCGAAUUGGAGGAGGGAGACGUUGAGGAACCGACGGAGCGGACGGCACUUUUAAAUCAGGAAAAUGGGAAUCGACAUGCUCAUACGAACGGAUCCAAUACACAGCAGCCUCACCGCACUGUUCAAGUUGACAUCACGCACCUUUCUCCAGCGACACCUUUUAUAGACGUUGUUCCGCCUUCAGAGAAUGAAACCUCACAAGGCGCCUCGCGCCCAUCGACUUCCAGCCUCCAAGCUGCUCUUCUCAACACGUUCGCCAUCAUUCUCGUCUGCGCAGCAGGUGUUCUAGGCUGGUACGUAAGCUCUCGUGUAUCCAACAAACCCGCCAACGACGACAACGACCCAUCCCCUGAACCUCUUACAUUCGAUCUCUUGGGUCAAAUUUUUGGCUAUUUCUGCGCCGUUCUGUAUCUUGGCUCACGCAUUCCACAACUCCUCCUCAACUAUCAACGAAAGUCAACAGAGGGUGUCUCGCUUUUGUUCUUUUUGUUCGCAUGUAUCGGCAAUCUCACAUAUGUUUUAUCAAUAUUCGCUUAUUCUCCUGUUUGCCGAUCAGAGGUCUGUGAGCCGGGAGAAGUUGGGGCAAUUUAUGGACGGUAUAUACUUGUCAAUCUGUCGUGGCUGAUAGGUAGUUUGGGGACAUUGUUGUUGGAUAUGGCUAUCUUUGUACAGUUUUUCUUGUAUCAGAAAGAUGACGAUGGUUAUUGAUUGUCGUUGGAAUAAAAAUCCGAAUACCUUGUCUAC